AUGUCAAUCCAAUCUAAAUUCGACGGGUUAGAAAUCCCUGCUGCGGCUGAUUUUCAUGUUCAUCUUAGAGAUGGGAAGAUGAUGGAGACGGUUGUUCCGACUAUUAGGUUGGGCGGUGUGGAUACUGUCUACGUAAUGCCUAACCUCGUCCCACCCAUCACCACAGUAUCAGCAGCUCUAGCCUACAAAGACCGUCUCCUUGCCAUCGAACCUAAAGUCAAUUAUCUCAUGACUCUUUACCUACACGAAAGCAUCACACCCGAAACAGUUCGAGAAGCUAAAAAGGCUGGAAUCGUUGGAAUUAAAAGUUACCCCGCUGGCGUAACAACCAACUCCUCCUCCGGCGUCCUCUCCUAUGAACCCUUUUAUCCCGUCUUCGCCGCCAUGCAAGAAGAAGGAAUAAUCCUCAAUCUCCACGGCGAAUGUCCCUCCGACCACAAAAAAGACAUCACGAUCCUCAACGCCGAAGCCUCCUUCCUCCCCACCCUCAAAUCACUACACUCUAAAUUCCCCACCUUAAAAAUCGUCCUCGAACACUGCACCACAGCCGCCGCCAUCCAAGCCGUCAAAGACUGCGGCCCCAACGUCGUCGGAACAAUAACCGCGCAUCAUCUCUUCCUAACCAUCGACCAAUGGGCCGACGACGCAUUUCAUUUCUGCAAACCCGUCGCGAAAUUACCAAGUGAUCGAUCGGCGCUGCUACUCGCUGCGACUUCGCUUUCUGAUAAGUUUUUCCUGGGCACGGAUAGUGCUCCCCAUGAUAUAGGUGCGAAGAAGGGGGGGAGUGGGAAGACGGCUGCGGGGGUGUUUACCCAGGCGCAUGCGGUGGGUCAUGUGCUUACGGCUUGGGAGAUGGGCGUUGAGAUGGGCGUUUUGAGGUGUGAGGAUAUUACGGUGGAAGUUUUAGAGGGGUUUUUGGGGAAGAGGGGGAGGAGGUUUUAUGGGAUUGGGGAGGAGGCGAAGGAGGGAAAUGGUGAGGGUGAGGGUGAGAAGAUUAUUUUGAGGAAGGGGGAGGAGAUUGUAAGGGCGAGUUUUAAGGGGGAGGGGGUCGAGAUUGUACCGUUUUGGAGGGGUCAGAAGAUUUGGAGUGUCCAGUGGAAAGAAAAGGGAGGCCAUUUUGGAAUAUCAAUACUCUUGAGAAUAUCUCCAAUCAUCCUCGCUUAA